AUGCUCAUUUUCUCCCCCUCUCUUUUCUUCCUGAUUCAGAAGUUGGAGGGACUGAUCAAGCACCGGACAGUUCGGGAAGCACCGACUGAGUGUGUCUGCCCACCUGGUCCCCCCGGACGGCGCGGCAAGGCGGGAAGAAGAGGCGACCCUGGUCCUCCUGGGCAAUCAGGACGAGAUGGCUACCCGGGGCCACUGGGUCUGGAUGGCAAGCCUGGACUUCCAGGCCCCAAAGGGGAAAAGGGUGCACCAGGAGACUUCGGCCCUCGGGGAGACCAAGGGCAAGAUGGAGCUGCUGGGCCUCCUGGACCCCCUGGACCUCCUGGGGCCCGGGGCCCUCCUGGCGACACUGGGAAAGACGGCCCCAGGGGAGCACAAGGCCCAGCGGGUCCCAAAGGAGAGGCUGGACGAGACGGCGAGAUGGGCCUGAAGGGACCCCCAGGACCCAAGGGUGAACCCGGCAUUCCUGGAAAGAAGGGGGACGACGGGAUGCCAAGCCAGCCGGGCCUCCCUGGACCCCCAGGGCCCAAGGGAGAGCCAGGCAGCGUGGGGCCUCCGGGAAAAAACGGUGUGGACGGCGCCCCGGGGCCAAAGGGAGAGCCCGGCCAGCAAGGCGCUGAUGGAGCCCCAGGGCUGCGGGGUCCCCCAGGCCUCAAGGGUGAGCAAGGAGACACAGUGGUGAUUGACUACGAUGGCAGGAUCUUGGAUGCCCUGAAGGGUCCUCCUGGGCCACAGGGACCCCCAGGGCCACCAGGGAUCCCCGGAGCCAAGGGCGAGCUGGGAUUGCCUGGUGCCCCAGGAAUCGAUGGAGAGAAGGGUCCCAAAGGAGCUAAAGGAGACCCAGGAGAGGUGGGGCCAGCCGGACCCAAAGGGGAGGCAGGCGAGAUGGGCCUGUCGGGCCUUCCGGGCGUCGAUGGCCCCAAGGGGGAGAAGGGAGAGUCGGCGUCUGACAACCUGGCCCAGAUCAUAGUGGAGCCAGGGCCCCCUGGCCCCCCUGGUCCCCCAGGCCCCAUGGGCCUUCAGGGAAUCCAGGGUCCCAAGGGCUUGGAUGGAGCAAAGGGAGAGAAGGGCGUGUCGGGGGAGAGAGGCCCCAGCGGCCUGCCUGGGCCAGCUGGCCCGCCGGGCCUCAUCGGACUGCCAGGAACCAAAGGAGAGAAGGGAAGACCCGGAGAACCCGGACUGGAUGGUUUCCCUGGACCCCGAGGAGAGAAAGGUGACCGGAGCGAACGUGGAGAGAAGGGGGAGCGAGGAGUCCCGGGCCGGAAAGGCGUGAAGGGCCAGAAGGGUGAGCCAGGACCGCCAGGCCUGGACCAGCCGUGUCCUGUGGGCCCCGAUGGGCUGCCUGUGCCUGGCUGCUGGCAUAAGUGACCCCCGCACCAAGCUCACAACCUGUACAGAGGCGUGUGGACGUUUUUAAUUUUUGUAAAAACAGAACAGUAAUAUAUUGAUCUUUUUUCACGGGAUGCACCACCUGUGGCCCAGUCAUGUUUAAGAGCGUGGCCUGGCCUAGCCUUGGGACAAUCGGCACGCAAGGCUGGCAGGAAGUGGACGGGGCCGGUCCCGGGGAAGUGCGUACUUGAGGGGCAGCCAUGGGACUCGGCUCUCCUGGGAAGGAGACGAAGGUGAAAGUGCCUGGCCCACGAGGGGCUGCGGAGACGCUGGGUUGGGCCCUCAGCCACUGAUUCGCAGAGAGACUGCCCCCCCUGAAGCUCCGGAGCCCUGGGGCCCCUCUGGGCCUUGGCUUCACCAGGUCAGGUGCUGAGACCGCUGCCCGUGGACCCAGCUGCAAGGAGCCUCUCCAUCCCCGAGUGUGGAGGACAGCGGGUCCCAGGCUGGAAAGGCUACCGCACCCAGAAGACGGUCAUGAUGGGAUUUGCCACCCAAGGAGACUGGCCUGCAGCUCAGAGCUGGGGUCUCCUCUGGCCCCAACUCUCCCACCUGGGACAACUCCGGUCAGCCUGCCAGAAAGGGUCCCCUUCGGAUGAGCUGUGCAGAUGAACAGGGCGUCAGGGCUGAUUCCGGGCCAGCCCAAGCAGGGGGUCUGCAGCCCCAGCCACCGUGCUCUGAGGAGAGGCUCCCCCACCUCCAACAGGGGCUCCCAGCCGUCACCCCCAGCCCAGCUUGCCUCCCUUCUCUGUAUAGACGGAUAUCACUGCGCGUAAUAAACCACAGUGUGUGUCUG